AUGCUGAAUGUUUCUAGACUCAUUUUUGUGCUUAUCCUAGUCCACUACAAUUUGUCUUUAGAUACAAAUAAAGAUAAGGAUGAAUUAAGACUGUUAUAUGAUAAGGAUUAUUACAGCUCCUCAGUAGUGGAACUAGUUAAGCUCUUGCAAUUGGAGCAAGAAUUUAUGGAGAACUUUACGAUCUAUACCAAUGUCUUGCAGGAGAAAGUUGACAGCCUAAACAUUUACUUAGAUGCCUUGAAGCGCCCCAGUCAUAGGACUCACAACGAGAGAGAGAAAUUUGUUUCCGAUCCGUUAAAUGCUUUUGGACUGAUCAGAAGACUAAACCAAGAUUGGCCCAAAUUGCAAAACUAUACACAGAAACCAGUUGGUCUUGUAGAACUUGAUGCGAUGCAGAAUAUCCUGACUAAGGCUCCUGAACCCUUCGACAUGAACGAAUCUCUAAAGUCAAUGCACCGCAUAGAGACGACUUAUGGUCUCCAACCGAAAGAUAUGGCAAAAGGACUUCUCCACAACAAACAAUACAACUAUAAACUUUCAAUAAGGGACUGUUUGGCAUUGGCUCAUCAUAAUUUUGAAUUCGGGGAUAUUCAUCGAUCGUUUUUAUGGUUUCAAGUAUAUAUGAAAAAUAAUUCAAGUCAGGAUAUUAUUAUUUUGGAAUUAAAAGCCUUUGCCACAUCUAUAGCCACUCGCAGCUUGAAUUUAUUGAACAAAUCAUUGAGUAAUGAAACCGUUCAUAAAUUAGUAAGCCGUCAGUUCCGUGAAGCCAAACCAAUAGAUUUAGAAAACUUCAUCAGCUUAAAGCUAAAACAAUGGGAUAGUUUCUAUGGUACCGAAAGCCCGGAAACAUCUCCAACAUCCCAUCAAAUUGGAUGUCGAGGUGGAUUUCCCAAAAAGAACAAUCUUAUCUGCCGUUACAACUCGACUACAAACGCUUUCUUAAAACUGGCUCCCAUAAAAGUUGAAGAGAUAAGCCGGGACCCAUACAUUGUAUUGUUCCAUGAAGUGUUAACGGACAGGGAAAUCGAGGAAAUGAAAGGAGAGAUUAAGGAAAUGUACAAUGGGUUGAGUGAUUGGGAAGACCCAAAGGAAAUCGUUUCCCGAAUCUAUUGGAUAACGGAAGAUUCCCCAUUCAGGGAUCGAAUAAAUCAACGCAUAGCUGACAUGACGGGCUUUAAAUUGGAUGAGUUCCCCGCCUUACAAUUGGCCAAUUUUGGAGUUGGUGGCUACUUUAAGCCUCAUUACGAUUAUUUUGAAGAGCGUUUAAGAUUAGUGGAUGCCAACAAUACUCUGGGAGACCGAAUAGCAAGCCUUAUAUUUUAUGCUGGAGAAGUUCUACAAGGUGGACAAACAGUCUUCCCAGACGUUAAAGUGGCAGUGGAGCCCAUAAAGGGCAACGCACUAUUUUGGUUCAAUGAUUUCGAUGAUUCGUCGCCAGAUCCGCGAACCUUGCAUUCUGUUUGUCCUGUUAUAGUCGGUUCUCGAUGGACUAUUACCAAGUGGAUACACUAUGAACCACAAAUAUUUGUAAAACCCUGCAGCCCCAGGCUGCUCCCUAAAGCUCCUUUAAUUAGCGUUUAAUAAAAUUAUUU